AUGAUAGAGGAUGGUAAUAACGACAGUGGAGGAGGUGUCGGCGAAGGUGGUAACAAUCACAUGGUCCAACUACCGCGUUGGAUUAUUUCCAUAUCAUUUUAUUCCGCAGUAAUAUCGGCCAUCAUUGUAUUUGUCAGUAUAUUCUUCCAUCUCAUAAAUUAUAGAAAACCAUUACAACAACGACUAAUGAUUAGGAUCCAAUUGAUAGUUCCAUUGUUUGCCCUUUCAUGUUAUUCAAUGCUAAUUGACCAAACUGCAAUUGUGAAUCGAUAUUUAAUUGAACCAAUCCGAGAAGUAUAUGAAGCGUUUGUCAUCUAUACUUUCUUCUCUCUCUUGACGGAAAUGUUAGGAGGUGAAAGGAAUAUAAUCAUUAUGACAAGUGGUAGAACUCCGGUUAAUCAUCCUGGAAUGUUGGGAUAUUGUUUACCUCCAUUGGAUAUUUCUGAUCCUCAUACUUUUUUGGGUUUAAAAAGAGGGAUAUUACAAUAUGUUUGGUUGAAACCAAUCAUAUGUUUUACAACUAUCAUAUCGGAAAUAUUUGGAUGGUAUAAUGUUAAUGAUAUGAGUUAUAAAUCGAUUUAUUUCUGGUUGACCUUGUUUUAUAAUGGUAGUGUUACAUUAUCAUUAUAUUGUUUAGCUAUGUUUUGGAAAAUCCUUUGGACAGAUUUAAAACCAUUCAAACCAGUUGGGAAGUUCUUAUGUGUUAAAUUAAUCAUUUUUGCUUCAUAUUGGCAGGGGGUCAUAUUGGCCAUUCUUAAUUUCUUCCAAGUCUUACCAGGAAGUGAACAAGAUGGGAAAGAAAGUAUUGGGGUCUGUAUUCAAAAUGCAUUACUUUGUAUUGAAUUGAUGGGAUUCGCUUUGGGACAUUGGUUUUCAUUUAGUCAUAAACCAUUCACAUUAUCACAAUUACCUUGGGGAAGAUAUGAAUUUAAAUAUUCUUUGAAAGAUUGUUUAGGAUUCCGAGAUUUGAUUAAUGAUUUUAAAUUGACUUUCCAUGGAGAUUAUUAUAAAGAUUAUAAACAAUUCGAUUCUGUAGAAGCGGUGGUUGCCCAUCCUGAUUCUAAAGGAAGAAUGAGUAGGAUUCAUCAAGGAUUACGAUAUCAUUAUGAUGGGAAACAUAAACAUUGGCUACCUGAUAAUUCAAAUACUCAAUCGCUAUCUCCAAUUAUACAAAGCACAUCGGAAAUCCAUGCUCUUGAUAACGCAUCAAUAUAUUCCAAUAACACAUCCAUGAGAGCAAUUUAUCCAGCAUCACCCAAACAAUCUCCACCCAGUUCACCAUCCUUAGGAAAACGUGACGAAACAAUUGAAGAAAUAAUAACCAAUGAUCCAGAAUUGUCAAUUGUCGAUUAUUCACAAGAGAAAUUCGAUGAAGAUGAACAUAUUUAUCAACAAGCAAUUAAAGAAAUAUCUAAUUAUAAUCUUCAACAAACCCAUAUUAAACGAUUGUUGAAUUAUCCAAUUGUCGAUGAAGUCAUUGGUAGUCAUGUAUAUGGAUAUAAAGUCCAGAAAUUACGACAGAGACAGAGAUUAAGGGAAUCAACGAGACAAUAUCAGAAACAGAGGCAGGGGGAACAGAAUGAUUCCAUUUUGCAAACGAAUGAGAGUUAUCGAUAUGGUAGUAUUGUUUAG